GAUGGAGUUUCAUAGUUGACAAAAAAAUUUGUUGAACGUCGAUAUCGUUAAAAUAGAUGAAUAGAUGGAAUAUAGUAUAUAGAUUGUAAUAAUAAACAUAAAACUCAACAAUAGUGUUAAAUUAAGUUGGCAUAAAGUAAUAUUUUGUGUCUUACAUAGAUUUCCAGAAACCAACCCCGGCGCUUCAAUCAGGAAACGAAGAUUGUUUUGCGGGCUAUAUUAAUUCCACUGCAAAAAAAAAAAUUGCCGAAUUUAUUUUAGACGUCGCAGAUCUGAGUUUGUCUACCUAACUUCAUUGUUCAUAUUUUGUUCAGCACAGCCAUCAGACCAUUUGCAUCCAAAAGAUAAAGAUUCCUUUAUAUAUAUUCAAUAAUGUGAUGUGUAAACAUUUUUUAUCAGAACAUCCUAUUAGUAAAUAAAAAGUAGAGCAAAAGUUGUGAAACAAAAACAUUGAUUUCGAUUAGAAGAGUCAUUUCUGAAAAUUCAGUGAUAGUGAUACUAUUUUUUGUUUCAAGGUAAAAAGUGUAGUGUCCAAUAAAAUAAAAAAGAAAACAGUUUAAAAAAAAAACAAAAAGGGAAGCAAAAACAAAUUUAUAGCUGUGUCGCUUUUUUACAGCGGACAAGUAGUUCAGCUCUAUCAUCAUACAAUGAGAAUAAAAGAGAUCGCUACUAAACAUUGCGAUGAAGAAAUAAAUGAAUUUUCUUGCAUUUGAGCAUUUGGUUCUUCUUGCACAGUGGAAGUUGGAAGGAACCUUUUAUAUGUACGAGUUGCUAAAGCAGUCAAGAAAUAAAACAUUCGGCUGCUCUUCGAAUCCAAACCUAUAACACCAUUCCACCAACCAAGAAAAAAAGUGAUUGCUGGCUGCUGUUUGAGGAAAAUCCAAGAAAAAAUUUAGAAUAAAAUAAAUUUAGUGACAAAAAAUUAUUAUUAAAAUGAAAACGGAAUCGUUUAGUUGAGAGGAGUUGUGCCAUCCUGUACGACGAAAUAAAAAUCAAAUCGCCGUACAGCCGCUUUUUGUUUUCAUUUUUUUUUUCAAUUUGAAGAACAAUAAAGAACAAAAUAAAGAAAAUGGUUCGCGGACGCCGAGGACGUCCCACAACAAAAAUUGAAGCUGCUCUGCUUGCAAAUGGUGUCCAAGUAACCAGCCUUAUUGACGAUCCACACUGUGCAAGUCCUAAGCGAAAAGACUGCAAAAUUGAUACUUCCAUAGAGAAAAACCUGAAAGCCGUCGUUUCUUCAAUGAAACAUGCUCCAGUUGCUGCUAUAUCGCCGCGUUGUUUUUCGCGAGAAAAACGUACAGCAGCCGCUGCCGCUACAGUCUAUAUGCGUGAAUGCCUCGAGGCUGGCAACCACUCAAAGAACAGAUCACAAAAUCACAUUAAAAACUACUUUAAAUCUAACUCCAAAGGUGAACUUUAUGACAUUCCUAAUAACACCGAGGGCGCUGUCAUUCAGCAUAAUUCACAACAAGAUGACCAUCAACUAAUAGCGGCUCUUUCUUUUGACCUAUCCGAAGAGGACACAUGCAACGAAAUUUUUGGCAAGUACGAUGUACAAAAGCCGCAGACACCUCCACCACAGGUUAACAGUUACCAUCAUCGCUUGCGCUCUUCGCCAAUAAACGGUUCUCAGAAUAUUUUUCUGCAGGAACCAGUGUUAAGUUUAAACGUCGACAAAUCGCCAAAUCAGGCGUCAUCAAUAAAAAUUAAAAAAACAUUGGAAGUAGAGCCGGUGUUCUCUUCACCUCCAAUGACAGCAGCCUCAAUGGCGAAUUCCAACUACCCAACCUGCCUGAAUGGCCAGUUCAAUAAAAUUGUAUCCUUAAACACUUCACCAAAACGUGAAAAUUCUCUCGAAUCAACCGCAUCUACGUUUGCCUCUUCGAAUAGCAGUAGUUCAAACAGUAAUUGUUAUCUUUUAAACAUAGAUAGCAGCUCCUGCGACAGUGGAGUUGUGUUUAUUGAUAACAAAACAGAAAUAAGCCCUAGUCGUCGGCGGAAGCCUGCUACACCACAUCGUAUUGUUUGCCCAUCCCCUAUUAAGAGCUGCUGCGUCAGCCGAUCUGGAGUGGCAGUGUUGCCAAAUACUGGUGUUUCACCUUCUAAGAAGACAUUAAUAAGCGCAACAACAUCUUCUCUACCGCCAUACCAACAUAGUGCACAGAGGCGUCAUCCUAAAUCUAGAAGAAGACUGAAUCAACAAGAGCAUGAGAAUAAGUGCGUACUACCUUCGGGUCAACCACCUAUGAAUGAGGACUCCUCAGCAGUUGACGCUGUGCAGUCACAACUUGAAUACAAUUCUCACAACAAAUCAAUCCUAAACUCAGCUAAAAAUCCUACUGCCGAACAAAAUACAAAUAACAACAAUUAUAAAAAAAAACAAAACGUUGCACUCACAAGCAAUUCUAAAAUCAAGCUGCAGGCGGCAAAUGCAAACCCCGUAGGAAAUCGCGAAUUAACAGAGUUCUUCCCGGUACGGCGAAGUGUUCGAAAAACAAAGACCGCUGUCAAAGAGGAGAUGAUGAAAAGCUUAGAAAAGGCCAUAUUAGAAGAACGUGCUGACGGCCUUAAGAUCGAAAAUUUUGAAGGCAAAGGAAGGGGUAUCUGCGCCGAUAGGCCUUUCCAGAGAGGCGAAUUUGUUGUGGAGUAUAUUGGUGACUUGAUUGACAUGACCGAGGCAAAUGUACGUGAAAGAAAAUACGCUUUAGACGAAAACGCUGGUUGUUAUAUGUAUUACUUUAAGCAUAAAAAUCAACAGUAUUGCAUUGAUGCAACAGCUGAAUCGGGCAAACUCGGUCGUCUUGUUAACCAUUCACGGAAUGGCAACCUUAUAACAAAAGUUGUUGUCGUUAAAAAUCGACCACAUCUUGUACUUAUUGCCAAGGAUGACAUUGAACCCGGUGAAGAAUUAACCUACGAUUAUGGAGAUCGGUCAAAAGAGGCACUUCUACAUCAUCCAUGGUUGGCUUUUUAGUUGGGUCAAUAGUAUGUUAAACUGACAAAACACACAUAAAUAUUUAAUAUAGCUUAAGUUUUUUUUUUUAAAUAAGCAAAGCUUAAAUUGUUUUGAUUUUUUGUUUUUUUUUUUAAGAAUCGCUUUGAGAUAUUAAAUCAUUAUACACAUUCACACUAAAACUAACAUAAAAAUCGAUUCAGUAGCUUUUUUAUUAGUUUGUAGUUAGAUUAAAAAUACAUACAUAAUACAUAUUAACCAUUUUUGACAUCGCACAUUAAAUACUUACACCUAUAUAAAAUGAGCGUAGUUCAAAAUAUUUUAUCGGAAGUAGACGAGAUUAUGUUGAAAGAUAUCGCGAGAGAAUAUCAUACUCUUUAAGAAAAAAAUCUGAGCGGUUUCUUUAAAUAGCUACUGAUGAAUUUCGAACGUCACCUUAAGGGAAUUUUGUUGCAAGAAUCUUUUUGAAUAAGAUAUAUUCAUGAAAAUGGUAAAGUUUUGCCUGUUAUUUCGUUAAAUAUAUGACGUGGGAAGUCUUGUACCAUAUCUGCAAUUGAACUUCUUAAAAUAAGAGAUGACGAAAGAAGAUUCUCUCUUGGCUGCCGGAUUAGAAGUAAUAUUUUACUUUUUUCAAAUGUAAAUAUUAUUAAUAUAAAACUAAAAAAAUAUUUAUUGAGUAGCGACAUACAUAAUUAUUGUUUAAAGUAAUAAUUAUAAAAGUGCUUAAAUUAUCACGAAAGUCUUAACAUGCUUUUGGAAUUUGGAAACUAAAUAAAAUAUCUCUGUAUCACGACACAAAUGGCUAGGGUAAUUUAAAUAUCUCAGUUCAUAUUUUUGAAUAAAAUUCGAAAAUAACUCAUCAUAUUGUCCCAGUAAGGUGCUAAUACUUACCUUAAAUUUUUGUCAUCAGAAAUUAAUUUAAAAAAAACCGUAUGCGAAUAAAAUCUCUUUCGUAAAAAAGAUUUUUUCGAUGAUAUACAUAUGUGUAUAUCACAUAUGUGUUUGUACAUUUAACGGACGAGAGCUCUUCCUUAUCUGACUAUAUCUAUAUAUAUUUCACCGGAGUAGUACUGCAGUACUUUACAAACCCCUGCAUCCUUCUGCAUAAAGUACAUCUGUGGUGUUUGAUUUGAGGUCCAUAAAUGUUAUUAAAAUAUCGUAAAACUGCGUUUUUAAAGUAUUGAACUAUGAAAUUACAGCCACCAAUGAACUUACGUCCAGUUUUCGUUGUUUAAAAUAGCGAACAUAAAGGCCCUAAAAAUUCUUCCAAUAGUUUUAAUCAAAUCAAUUUCCAAAUAUAUUUUGGAACAGGACCCCAAAAAAUAUUGUAUGGUUUGUCCUUUCGUUUAUCUGAGCAACUUAUUCACUAUCGGAUUUAUGGGAGCUUGAGUGCAAUCUGCGUAGUAGGCUUUUAGAAGUAAAAAAACAACACAAGUGUUUUCGGUUGUUUAAGCUUUUUUUUGUAUUUAUUUUGUAUUUGGGAAACAGUGAAUGACAAAAUUUUAAUAUGAAUUGCAGUUGGCUUUGAGGAAAAAUUUGUAACUCGGGAUUCCGUUGAAAGGGAUCUUGCGUUAUUACUACUGUUCUAGAUUUAGUUUUCCUUGCAAAUAUUUUAGAUGAGGAAAAGGUGAUACAUGGUGGGGCCUUGCACUAUAAGUACGUCUUUUAUGAUUAUCACUGAUCAGAAAUCACAAUAGCCGAUUCCACCCCAGAAUGAACAUAAUCCCGACGAUUCCAAAUGCAAAUUUAAUAGGUGACAAUAAUCUCUUAUCUCACUUUGCAGUACAUUUUCUUGAGAUCUACAUCACUUUCUUGAGAUAAUGUAUAUAAUGUACUGAAAAGUGAGAUAGAGCUUAAACUCAUUCUUUUUGCAUAUGAGCCAAUGUGUGGAAAAUAAACACACUAGCGAGAUUCUAAAUCAAAAUAAGACUUUUGUGAUAAAAGCUGUAAUUUUAUAACUUAAAUUAAAAAAAAAUAUCACAAUUAAUAAAAAAUGAAGGGUCUAGGGAAAAACCAGCACAAGUCCAUUCCAACUCAUUCCGAGAAAAACGCAAUUUAAAAUUAUUUUCUCCAACUCAGUACAACUGGCACAUCAUUUAUUUAUUUCUUUAGCAAGGCUUAAAUUUGUUUUCUAAAAGUAAGAUCAAAUAGUACUCAGUAAAUACUACAAGACGUCAUUAGUUUAUUUUUGAAAAAAAGGUGGAUAUGUGCCGUUUUUCCUCUGGGCCCUUCAAAUGUUUUUAAUUUUGUUUUAUUAUUCAACAUACAUACGAAUAGAUUAAAGAUAUUUCAUUUAAAUUUUUUUAUUGAAUUAAUUUAAAUGUGAGAUCCCCACCAAUUUAACAUUUAUAUAAAUAAUAAUAAUUUUUCUUUUAAUUUAUUCUAGUUAAUCUAAAUUGUAAGAUUUUCAUUGUUCACACAUAUACUGUCCUUUCUUAUUAUUUCAAAAUUAUCUCACAUAUUUUUGUUUAAGUAAACACUGAUUCAAAUUAAGCACACUAUAUAAAACAUUUUGUUAAUUUAUAUGAGAUAAUAUAAAGAAUCGUUAAUAUUUAAGUGAAAAAUCAACAUGUUAUAAUCAAAGCACUGCUUGAUAAUAUCAGAUAUUAGUUUUACGUAUAAACAAGGAAAUAUAAUAUGUGGAUAUAUUACAUACAUACCUUGUUAUAAUUUUAUUUAAAGUGUUAGACAAAAAUGGUAUAGAAAAAUGAUAAUAUUAAACAGACGAGAUAUGUUAAUUACAUUUUUUUUGCAACAAAACCAAAUUUGGCUUGGAUAUUAUUAACAAAUAAAGACAGUUUAAACAAAUUAA